GUUUCUGGGUUUUGUUUUUGAGGAUCGUGUUCUUCGUGUUCUUCGUGAGGGGAUGGAAAUUAGAGAAUGAAAAAUGAGUUUUGAUAAAUAGUUGAGGAAAUAUUUGUUGGGUUUUCCCUAUUUUUGUUUUUUUUUUUUUUUAAGUAAUGGAGGGAAGGGACGGUGGUGCAAGUAGUGGGGUUACUGUAGUUGGAUCAGAUGCUCCGUCCAAGUACCAAAUAGCUCCCAGGACCUCCGGUAGCCCACCGCAGAGCGGUGGAUCAACGCUGCCACCGGCGACUCAACCAACUUCCACGCCGUCGGCCUCGGCGCAGGUACCUGCGCAGCCUACGCCACCCACGGCGGCCUCCUCUGUUCCGGGAAAGAAGAAAAGAGGGAGGCCGAGAAAAUAUGGACCCGAUGGCUCUGUUAAUAUGGCUCUGUCUCCCAAGCCGAUAUCUUCGUCGGUGCCGCCGCCGGUGAUUGACUUCUCGGCGGAGAAGAAGGGGAAAGUCCGGCCGGCGAGUGGUGUGAGCAAAACCAAAUUCGAAGUGGAUAAUUUAGGCGAUUGGGUGGUUCCAUGUUCUGUUGGUGCAAAUUUUACGCCUCAUAUCAUCACUGUCGAUGCGGGCGAGGAUGUUACGAUGAAGAUAAUAUCAUUUUCUCAACAAGGGCCUCGAGCGAUAUGCGUUUUAUCUGCUAAUGGUGUGAUCUCGAGUGUCACUCUUCGUCAGCCUGAUUCGUCUGGAGGAACAUUAACAUAUGAGGGUCGAUUUGAAAUACUAUCCUUAUCUGGCUCGUUCAUGCCGAGUGACAAUGGAGGAACUAGAAGUAGAUCGGGUGGAAUGAGUGUUUCCUUAGCAAGUCCAGACGGGCGUGUCGUAGGCGGUGGAGUUGCUGGUCUAUUAGUAGCUGCAAGUCCUAUUCAGGUUGUAGUAGGGAGUUUUCUUUCUGGAAAUCAACAUGAGCAGAAACCUAAAAAGCCAAAACAAGAUACUAAUUCAACUGCUCCGCCAACUGCUGCCAUUCCAAUAUCUUGCGUCGACCCUAAGUCGAACCUCUCGCCGUCCAGUCCCUUUCGUGGCGAUAACUGGUCGACGCUGCCAACCGAUUCGAGGAAUAAUAAGCCAACUGAUAUCAAUGUAUCCCUACCCAGUGCUUGAUAUCUAAGCUCCAUACCUCAUUUGCCAUCAACAACAAGCUUCUAGUUGGUGGAUUCCUCAUCUUGUGUUCAUGCUCUCUGUAACUUACCAUUGUACUUCCUAUGUAGAAUUUCGAACCGCCCCACGUCCCCUGUCGAUCCCCCUCGGUUAGCUUUUCACUUGGUAGAGUAGUUAUAGGCUCCCCGAUGCGGCUGUGUUGAGUUGAGUCAAGUAGAAUAGUUUGAUAUAAUGUGAACGACUUUUGCUCUGUUUCAUACUAAUGGAUUGUGAUUUUAAAUUUCGUUCA